AUGGCCACCAAGCUUCUCCAGGCAAACAUCAACCACUCCGCGGGGGCUCAGGACCUACUCCUACAAGCUCUCGCGGAGCGGGAUGGAGGUCUGGCGCUCGUGUCGGAGCCCCAUCACAUCCCUCAAAGAGACACCGGCGGAGGAGGUGGAGGUUUGCCUGGAGGGGCAGAAUAUAGCCUAGAAAUGGCCACCAAGCUUCUCCAGGCAAACAUCAACCACUCCGCGGGGGCUCAGGACCUACUCCUACAAGCUCUCGCGGAGCGGAAUGGAGGUCUGGCGCUCGUGUCGGAGCCUCAUCACAUCCCUCAAAGGGACAGUCGAUGGCUGGGGCUCCGGCGCGAGCACCCGGGUGCCGCGAUCUACUGGCGCCCGGGAGAGGAAUCUCCCCGCCCAAAGCUAAUAAGGGCGGAGAGAUAUAUCGUGGCGGCGGAGUGGGGCAUAAUGAGGGUGGUCUCCAUAUAUGCCCCUCCACGCUCGAGAGAGUGGCCGAGGGCCCGCUUCGGGGGCUUCUUGGAGCAGGUGGGGCGCGUGCUGGACGAAUGCGCGCCCCACCCAGUGAUAGUCGCCGGGGACUUCAACUCCCACGCCAGGGAGUGGGGUUCCCGGCGGACGGACCCCCGAGGCCAAGACCUCCUCGAGUGGGCGGCGACUAGGGGCCUGUUCCUUAUUAAUACAGGCUCCGUGAGCACCUGUGUGCGUCCGCAGGGCGAGUCCAUCGUGGACCUGACCUUCGGCAAUCGCUCUGCGGUGCGCACAGUCAGGGGUUGGAGGGUGGCGACCGAAACGGACAUCAACUCCGAUCAUCUGCUGAUCGAGAUGUCCGUGGUCGCCACCUCGAAGGAGGUGCUCCGUUGUCGCCGGGAGGGGGCCGGAUCGAGGCCACCGCGCUGGGCACUCCGCCGCCUAGACGAAGACGCCCUCAAGGCGUCGGUGAUCGCGUCCUCCUGGGCGGGGGGGGGUUGA